AAAAAAAAAAAAAAAAAACAACGAAAAAAACACAACAACCAACCACCAAACCCAAAAAUACAAAAAAAACCCCAAACCGGCACCGAACAAAACCAAAAAACCCCUCCUCUGCUCUCCGCUGGGCACGGAGAGCUCCUGCCCAUUAGCCUUGUCCUGGGCGUCCCCAGCCUUUCUGCUCCUGGGGGCGAAUAAACAGCCGGGACUCGGGGUGCGGCUGCAGGGAGCGGGUGGCUGUCGGUGGCCAGGGCGCUCCUCACCCUGCGGGGGCACAGCCCCCCUUUGCACGGGGGCUUCGAAGGGCAGAGAGGUCACCCGCGGGUUCCGGGGGGGCUGUGGUGGGUGCCACCAUGCCCCUUGGCCAGCUGAAGUUCAAGGAGCUGGGGGAAGAGGAGCCCAGCUGGGAGGAGGAGGGCCUGGACGGCGUGAAGGCGCUGACGGCCAAGCUGAAGCUGCAGACGAGGAGACCGUCCUACCUGGAGUGGGAAGCCCGGGUACGGGGACAGCCCUGGGGCAGCCGGACCCCCGGGGGGGCGCGGGGGGCAGAGCAGAGCCCAGGGCACCCCGAGGACGAGCGGGACGGCAGCGUAUGCGGCUUUGCCACCAUGGAGGAGGCUCUGGAGUGGCUCAGGACGGAGCUGGAGAUGCAGGCUGCCGACCAGCGCCUGGCGCAGCAGCUGAUGCGCCUGCGGGCGCAGCUGCACCGGCUGAAGGUGGAGCAGGCCUGCCACCGGCACAAGGAGAUGCUGGACGACGCUACCUUCGGCCUCGAAGGCUGCGAGGAAGACUCGGACCUGCUCUGCAACAUCCCACCCAAGGCCGCCUUCCUGCUCUCCAUGCCGCUCAAGCACAUCGGCGUCACCCGCAUGAACAUCAACUCCCGACGGUUCUCCCUCUGCUGA